UGCGGUCAGUAUAAACCAGCUGCAGCCCUGUGAAUACGAAAUGAAUCUUGUAGCAACACGGACAGAAAGCCAUCUCGAAUUUCAAGUGCCCGACAUUUCAAUGGAAAUAGCGUAUACAUAUGUCACGACGGAUGAAAGUUUAGCCAAGAAAAUGGCUCAUACGGUGGAUCUAACUAUCCCGCCUACAGUAAAUAUGAUUUCUAGAACAUCACCUACAGUGAUGGAAAUGACUGCUUCAGGGAUGGUGGAAUUGCUUACGAGCGAUCCACCACUUUUAUCACUUGUUCAUUCUACUCAAAUGGUGCUCCCAUCAAGUGUUGUGUUUGAUGUCUGUAUUGAAAUGAUUAGUGCACGACUUUGCCUGGGUGUUGUCGAAACACAUACCACACCGGCGCGAGCUGUAUCCAUGUAUGGUGUGAGUUUAGUCAUGAAUGGUGUGCACGUAGCCGCCUUGGUCAAAGACACAAGUGCUGCAGGGCCAGGAAUGGGUGCAACCCCACCCAGACGAAAAAGAGGACUGAUUGUCAACGUUGAUCUCAGAUGUGGUCAUGCUGGGGUAUUAAAGCUAUUGGCAGACAUGAUCCAGAAUAUUUGUGCCGAGCUGGUUGAAAGUCGCACUGUUUAGUUUGCUACACUACUAAAUGAUGAUCUAGUUUCAAAAUGUUGAAUAAAGCUCACACUUUUAUUCUCAC